ACCAAAAGUAGGUACCGACCCAAAUAAAUCACUGACAGAGGGUACGCAAGAGCAAGAAAGUCGCACUGAAACAUCCGCAGAACACAAAAAUAAGGAGUCUGAAGCCUCUGCUCAGACAACGACUACGACCACCACAACAAAUGCACCAACUACGACGACCACGACGACCACAACAACACAGGCACCAGCCACGACAACUACAGAGGCGCCAACCACGACGACAACCCGCGCACCGUCACGUCUUCGCGAAAUCGACGGCAGCCUCAGCAGCUCUGCGUGGGUGUGUGCCCCGCUGGUGCUUGCCGCAUCCGCGCUGGCGUACACCGCUGUGGGCUGA